ACCAGGAUGAGAGCGCAGCGGAGCUCAGAAGGGAGCAGAACGAGAAGACCAUUUGCAGUACACAGACAGCUCUCCGGAACUUCUGAGAGUUCCUCAUUUCCAAGUACCCCUCUGAGACCCGAGAAAUCUAUGUCAUCCCCUGCAAAGAGCUUGAUGCCUACCUUGCUUCCUUCUUUGUGGAUGCUAGACAAAAAGAUGGUUCCGAAUAUGAGCCAAACAGCUUGGCCAACUAUCAGUGUGGGCUGGAGCAGUAUCUCAAAGAGCACAGGUAUGGAUACAGUAUUACCAGGGAUAAAGAGUUCAAGAGGUCCCAAGAAGCCCUGAAGGAAAAGCAGAUAGAGCGAAGGUGUAAAGGAAAAGGAAACAAGCCACACAAAUCCAUGAAGCUUACCUUUGCUGAUGAGCUUAUCCUACGCAAAAGAGGUUUGUUGAGCCGAUACAAUCCUGAGGGUUUGCUGAACCUUGUCUGGCUAAAUAACACUAAGGCGUUUGGACACCGCAUGGGUUUUCAUGGGUCCACCCUCAAAUGGGGAGACAUCCGGCUCCGGGUGACAGAGACUGUGUUGGAAUACUUGGAGUGGAUGGGGACAGGCAACAGUGACAUGAAUGCCAAAAGCAAAAGAGGAAGGACUGAUUCCAGGGUGUACGCCACCCAGCACUCCCCACAGACCUGCCCAGUGCAAGACUACAAGGAAUAUGCACAGCGGCAGCCCCCAGCGAUGCAAUAUGAAGAUGCUCCUUUUUAUCUAUCCAUCAAACCAGUUGUCAACUUGGCUGCACUUCACCGGUACAAUUGUCAAGCCCUGGGGAAAAACAAGCUUGCCAAGAUGGUAAAGACAAUGUGUGAGAAAGGCAACAUCCCCGGCAGGAAGACCAACUUCAGUGUCUACCAGAGCUGUAGUACCCUGUCAGAGGCACAGACCAAUCAGCUGGUGCUGAUCUGUAAUAACUUGAGCCAGCAAGCUGCCUAGUCCAUGGCAAGCCACUCCAAUACUGGCAACUUGAUAGUGUCUGCUUCCUACGACUCUUCCUCUGACACGGCUUGA